AUGAACUUGUUGAAUGUCUUUUUUUCACGCCUAUGGCUCCUUACUGUCGCUUCACAGCAUCUUGGCACGUGGAAGGCUUUAGCACAAGGUAUGUUUAUAGUAAACAUAUUUUUCAAUGCAGCAGGCAUCCUGCUUGAAUAUUUAUUAUUUUAGAGAAACAUAAAGUUUGUUAACUCUGUUAUCUCUUCCAUCAUUAACACCUUAGCUUGCCAACAAAAUCACGGCAGUAUUGGGAAAUAAUCCCGUUGAAAGCUCAUUGAAGACUGAAAUGAAUUCAAGUUGUCUCCUUCCGCCAGUUUUCAGCACUCUGAGCACCAAAGACUUUACAGUCUCACGGAUGGUCACCCACAUCUCUAAAGGAUAUUUUAUCCGUUUUAACUACACGCUAAAUCCACAUCCUUUUCUAUUCAAUAGUGGUUUAUAAACGAUGAAAUAAGCGUUACGCUGUCCGGAUUCUUAGAAAAAAGGCAUUUACCUUCCAGUUUUAAUUAAUCUUGUAAGGGAAUUUUUAAUUAGUCUAAGACAGUCUGCUACAAUGCAUACCUGAAGCGACAAUGUUUUUAUAUUUUCGUUAUAAUUUAUGCAUGUAACAUACUUAAGGCAAUUGACAGACCAUGUAAUGUGCCGUUCAAAAAAAAGACAAUUCAAUUGGUUAUUCGCCUAUUGCUUAGGAACUGAACCAUACUGCCCAUAGCAUACUUAACGUAAAUUAUUUUCUUGGUAUUUUGAGAGCAUUAGUUUUAGUUGUUCGUGAUGUGUCACCAAGCUCAUUAACUGUUUAUAAAUCCAAAUGUUCUUAGCACAAUGUCAUAUGCUUAUAUUGAGUCUUUUUUGUCGGCCUGAUAAAAAAAAGGAAUCACUUGUAUCCAUGUUAAACAAAUAAAGAGAGUCAUCCUACGUUAAAUUUGGCGCUUUUACGAGAGUUAAGUAGUUAUUUAGGAGGAUAGCGAUGUAUCGAAUCUCGUUGAACAGUAGAGGCAAUAGUUUUGUUUGCUUGAAACAUGAAAUGUAAAAUACCUUUUACAUUUUACAUACACAAUUUGCACAGAGGAAGAUAAAUAAACUGAAUCCUAUGUUAAUCAGACUUAGCGGAGCUUUUUAGAAAAACAGUUAUUAGCCAGCAGAUAAUCUCGGUUAAAGUCAAAAUCUAAAGUUUAUAAUAUCUGAAAAGGAGGAAGAAAAAAUUCAAUUGAUUUAUUAGCGCAAGAUGUUUUCAUCACCUUCCCAACUGCAAUUGCCAACUCGAAUUAUUUUGAACUUUCCACUUACAAUAAGAAAUGUCUUUAAUACUUAGUAUUCCUAAGAUAACUUAGAAUAAGGCCCGGGUGGUACUCCCUUAUACAAGCCCCCCCCCCCAGGAAUAAGGUGAUAUUUUUUGCAGUUGCAGUUUUACCGCUCUUCUGGGCGGUUCCUAGGAAUAACGAACACUAUUUCCGCGGUCAGUUCCGCAAUAAAAAGCGACAAAAAAAGGACGUAAUCGCGGCAGAUACUAUAAUAAACCGCUAGACUCUUAUUCUUAACCUUACUAACCACAUACUUAAUAUAUAUAAUACCCCGGUCAAGAUCAAUAAAAAAAUCACGUGACUUUAUUGAAGUGAAAUUGAAAAGUUUUCUAUCAUCAUUUUCUAUGGAACUCCACCUGUGAAAACUAGAUAUUCGGCCCAUGCGAAAUCCAGCGAUAUUUUAGUUUUGUUAGCUGCCCACUAAAAUUUAAAGCGAGAGUAGACAUCUGCGUUUCUUACUAAACAUGUCCUUUGCAUCAGUGUUCGUAAAAUACAGACGGCGUCAAUAUGAAACUUGGCCUUCUCAAGAAUUAAGAGUCUUAAAUUGAGAAAUAAAGCGAUAAAGUUCAAACAGAUUUGGUCUCCUGAGCGUCUCUUGCAUAACUGAUGUCAAGUUCACGAAAACUGUGGUGUCUUAAGAGCUUCUUGAUGGUAGAGUUUUUGAGGAUUACUGUCUCUUUAUCAUGGCCAAAUAAAAUGCUUGUAUGCCGGUUUCCUAUAUUUUAGGCAUGACCGUAAAUAGAGGUCAACGGUACCACGUUUAACCCUGUUUGACAUUGGCGUUAAGAAAGUUUAACUUAGUCAAAAAUUGUUGUGACAUGCCGAAGAACAAAUGUACGAUAUCGGUUUUCUUUCGACAGGAAAGCCAUGUGAAGACCAGUUACCUGACUGUUCUGAUUACCUUAAUAAUGAUGAAUGUGAAACCUACAGUGGCCUUACCAGACAGUACUGUGCUAAAUCAUGCAACUACUGUGAGUACACAAAUGCUGUAGUCUUAUGGAGGAGGGAGCUAGGGCGCUUCCACCAUUGCAAAUGGUCAACUCUAGUCACUUAGGGAUCCAUCUGUCCCUGUAUUGGUUGUGGCUGAGGCUCCCUCCCCCUAUACACAACUUUCUUAACUGCCACAAUUGUUAUUAUUCUCACAGCGUUUUUUUGUGGAGUCAUAAGCUGUUGUAAUGUUCGCAUCACUUAAAGCAUACCACUGAUGAUUAGUCGUUAGAGAAUGAUGAUCUUCUUAGACGCCAAGUCAGCUGUCUCGUAAAAGUAGUCAAAAUAGUUGUUAAUUCUAACUCUCAUCUUAGGGUAAUUAAAAUGAUGCAAAUUAUGUGAUUAUGAUGCUCGCCGACAACGCUAAUUUGAAAUCCUCUUAAAAGAGACUUAUUUGUUUUGUUUUGUUUUUUUUUUUCGAAGGUACAACAGCUCCCCCACUGGGGUCAGGUGAGUACUAUGGCCUGCUUCCUGCAUGACUGAGCUUAUACUCAAGUUUAGUAAAACUGAUAAGGUUAUCACAAAAUUUCCCGAAGAAUCCACUGUCUAUAAUCUAAAAAGACAUUUAUGUACUAUUUUGCAUUCUAAGGCUGUGACUUUCUUUUUUUAUUAUUGAAGUUACACAAUAACAUAAACUAAAGAACUGGCCCUAGUUGUUCAAAAGGUGGAUAACCAGUUUGCGUACCGUAAAGGCCAUAAUAUGACUAUGGCUGUAAUUAAGUGUCAUACUGAACAAUUAAUGAAUGAGGCUGAGUAUCUUAUGAAGAAUUAUGAAGAUCGAGGAAGGUGUUAUCCGUCGAGGCCGUAGGCAGAGGCGGAUAACACCCUCCGAGAUCUCCAUAAUUCUUCAUAUGAUACGAAAGCCGAAUUCAAUAAUUGUUUUAUUAUUCACUCAAAAUAAUUUCUUGUUUAAAAACAAAUCUAAAACAUGCUUACCUCCAUCGAUGUUGAGUUCACCUUCGAUAGUGCACGUUUAGGGUUGUUCAGCUCUGUAAAUAUUCUCCAAAUAGCAGAUGUCGCCCUUCGAGUUGUCUUCUUGCUGUUCUUGCCAUGUUUUUAGCAAUAAUUUUGCCUACUUCUUACUCUUGAAACGAGUGAAAUGUCCGCCAUUUUUUGUUUUCACAACAAAAGUAACUCAAACUCGUCCCCAGGUCUUCUCGAUUAACAGUGCAUUAACCUGCAAGAACGCUGCAUUUUUGACGUCAUUUCCGCGUUAAACACAAAAUUUUUCCAAAUUUGGUCUUCAGUAAUAUAAUAACUGGUUAUGGUGAAUUAGGCGUGUGCUUUUAGCCAAUCAGAAUCGGGAAAAUAUUUUGAAAGAAUAAUACAAAUACUUGGCUGAAAUGGCUUGAUUCGGGUUUUGAGGGUGUCAGAAUUUUUUUAAAAUUUUUUCUAUAUAUUUUUUCCAUCAACAGUUUGCCAAGACUUGUUAUCAGACUGCGCAGUAUAUAUUGAGUCCUCGUCUCAGUGCCACCAAGCUAAAGAUUUUUUUAUGAAGUACUGUCCAAGAACGUGCGGCUACUGUUGUAAGUUUCUGUAAAAGUCUAUAUGUAAAACUGUAAAAAUUACACAUCUUCUGGGAUAAGGGCCUCAACUCGUAGCGUCUUUGUGAAGCCUUUCAGUGAAAGAAUCGUAACUUUCCUGAAACUGUGAAAAAAAAAAUCUUCUACACAAUAUAUUUGUUUGUUUGUUUGUUUUUUUCGUUCCUUUAUACAAAGAUGGGUUUUAGCCUUUCCUUUCUACAAAACAGUUCGGUGUCAGAAGAUUUUAAAGUAGCAUCCAAAAGUUGGAGAAUUAAAACAGCGCCGCUACAACACCUGGGUAGGUUCCAGUCCCUUACUGGAGAAAUGUAUUUUGUGUCGUACAAGAAAGGCCCUUUAUCAAAAAAUUAACAGAGCCACAAAUAUGAAUUUGAGGAGCCUAUUUAUUUUCAUUUACACUCUUCGUAGAUUAUCUUAAUCGUCUUCUAUAAUCGAAUUCGAUACCUUCUUUAAAAGAAUGAAAGACGUCUAUCAAACGAAAAAAACAAACAGCUCGAUUCACAGCUACAGACACGUGCAUGCUUUGAGAUGAGAGAACGAUGUUCCCCUUCUAAAAUGCUAUUGAACUUUUACUUGCUCAUCAGCAUGCUACGACAUUCUGCCUGAAUGCGCUUCAUUUAUCACCAGUCCAGAGGAGUGUAGGACAUCAGCAUUUUUGACCAAAUAUUGUAGAAUGUCUUGCAGUCUCUGUGGUAAGUGUUUUUUGUUUUUUUUUUUUUUUUUUUUUUUACACAAUUAAGGUAUAUUCUAGAUCAACUGUUGCUUCUAAAAUUAUGUAACUGCAAGAAACGGUCCAUCAGUAGGCCAUUCCUAAAAUGCGUUGCUGCUUGGGCCCUUUGAUGAUUAUUUUAAUCAUGGAUUUUGUUACUUUAAAACACCUUGACUUACUUUGAGGCACCUAGUAAAGAUAGAUUUUUCAUAUUUUUUCACUAAUAAUGAUAAUUUUGCUUUUUCAAUUAAAAAAAAAACCGAUUUUUCAACAUCUUCACCUGCUACAUCGUCUUCAACUUUGUUUCCAGCUACACAAUCCUCUUCAACUCCAUCUCCUAAAACUAUGUCGACUCAGUCUACGCCAGCUCCAAAAUCUUCGUCUAUUGGCAUUACACCAACUCUUAAAACAACGUCGAUUAAACCUUCAGCAACUACACUGCCUUCAUUAACCACAGCGGUCACUACAACGCCACGUACAACUAGAAAGCCGACAACAGACAACAUCCUUCCUCCUGGACCAAUAGGUAUUUUCUUAAAUACAGUUAACUGUUUUGCAUACAUAUUUAGGUAUUGUUUAUAAGAUCUUUUCGAAAGGUAGCAGUAUAGAAGUGAUACACGUCCUACAAAACAAAGCCGUGUUUUGGGGAGCUGCUUAGAAAAAAUUGUCACAUGACAUUUUAUUUUGUUUUCAGGUACAAAUUUCACUUGCCUUUUACUUAUUUUCAUUAAACAUUGCCAAGAAAUUAAAGCUAACUUGAAUGGUGUAACUGUUUAAGGAUGUGCGGACGUCAAUCCAGAGCAAUGCGCUUCGAUAGUUGCAGACGACCCACAAUCCUGCAGAAAUAGCGAUCUCCGGGAAUAUAUGGAGACGAACUGCCCUGAGACGUGCAAAUUAUGUGGUAUGAACAAUAAAUGAGUGAACGAAGAAGUCAGUAUUUAAAAUGUCUGCGUUGCACUCGUUACUUCAAAUCGAGUAAAGGUCAUAAAGAAAAUUCUUAUAUUUUUGUAUGUUUACCAAGAGUUUUAUGUUUACCAAAAGGCAAAUUAUUACAGAGUGAUUCAAAGGAUGGUGAGACAUUUUAAAUAUAUUUUGGCAUAAAAUAGGCAGCGAACGAAGAGGCCCCAACGUCACAAAGUUUACUUAUUGGCCCCCUUACUGUAAGAGGUGAAGAUUUAUAUAAAUAUAAUAAUAAUAAUAAUUCCUUUAUUUACCCUCAGGGGUAUUUAUAGCACUUAUGCCAGUGGGGCCGUGUAAAUGGCUGAAACAAAUAAUUCAACAUACUCAAACAUAAAAGAUGAAAGUGAAGAAUGAUCAUCGCAGUAAAUUUUCCAAUUUAAGCAAUUGGAAAGAAGAAGCCUGAAAAAAUCAGGGCUUCAACGGGAUUCGAACCCGUGACCUCCCUCCGCGUUGCAGGUGCGUUGCUGUACCAACUGAGCUAUGAAGCCACACAUUGGCAGCGAGGUCAAUUUAUUGAGUUCAUAUCUCGUGUGAGGAGUGAAAUGAUGUCAAGUAUAUGAAAUAAUUCAUUUUCGAACUGCGGUUGUAGAUGAAAGUGAAGAAUGAUCAUCAUACUCAAACAUAGCAGGGAUAAAAAUACAAACUAAAUGUAGAGUCAGGGAGUGACGUUUGUAAAGAAACGAUAAAUGCAUGUGUCUCAGAAGUUUAUUUGUGCAAUUAUGCUAAAUCUUUCACUGAUUAGUACUCUUUUCGAUUAGAUGUGGAUCUUUAUUGUGAGGAUAAAAUGCCUAAGGAGUGCAGAGAUCUCAUCACAAAGGACAAGGAAUACUGCAAAACAAAGCCUGAAUUUAUGAAGGAAAAUUGUGCCAGCACAUGUGGAUAUUGCGGUAUGAGAAAACCAGUAAAGACAGAACUUUCAUUUGUUCAGUACAUUCUUUUUACUUACUGGGCGGGAUUUGCAAUGUUAUCUAACAUAUUUUACUUUUCCAAUUAUUUAGGGUGUACUGAUGCUUUGGAAAUAUGCUCAUCGCUAGUCGAAAAUAACAAAGAUUACUGUUUUUCCAAUCGGCUGUUUAUGAAAACAAACUGUCCAAAGUCAUGUGAUCUAUGUAACGGUAAGAUUUAUCCUAUUUCAUCAUACAAGACAAUGAGACGAGUUUUUUAACCUAAACAGGGCUUUCAAACACAGGAUGGGUAGGAUAUUAACGCAGUCUAACAAACUUAUCGCUGUUGGUUCUUUCUGUUUAUUUAGAGACCCGCAACGCUUCACGCAAUACAGAGGCAAACGGUAUUUAAGUCAUAACUUAUUUUUUAAUUACUAACAUAACAUUAAAUGAUAAUAAUAAUAAUAAUAAUAAUAAUAAUAAUAAUAAUAAUUGUAAUUGGCAAAAGGCAUGCAAUUUAUGGCUACUAGGUAUUGCAGUAAAAAUAACGAGUAUUUUAAUUUCAGAAAUGUUAGAUAAUUAGCUGCCUACAUGUUUGCUUGCUGCCAUACUAAGUGUUUCCUUUUGGUUUUUAAAGCGCUCCCUCAAGUUAGCAGAGGGUGAAGAGGUUGAAGGGCUUGGAAUAGAAACAAAUCCCUUGACCUUUAGUCUGCAAAAUGUUAGAACUAUGAAAUACCCAAAACUUUCCCUCCAGUUGGCAGAGAGAGAUGAAAAGAGCUAAAAUACCAGCUUGAGGGUCACAACAUAUCAUUGGACUUGUCCUCAACAACACUACCCUGGUGUUAAAAUGAAAUUUAAAUUCAGUUUCGAUUUUGGUAUGUGAAAUUAAAUAUAAAGAAAGAAGAUGCGUUUUUGGGAUCAUAAAAUGCGACUUCAAAAGCUGAACGAACAACAAAUAUGAAGAUUAGUGUAAGAUUCAAAUGAGUAAGCAGUACAAUCUUAACAUAUUUCUUGCGUUAUAGUGGAUGUCUUGCCACCGGCGCCACCAUUUAGGGGUAAGAAAUAAAAGCUAAGACAUCGUAACUGUUAAGAAACAUUCCAAGAGCACAAUGGUGUUUUCUUCAAAUCCGGUCUAUGACUCCAUGCUGUAAUUACUAGCAAAUGAGAUGAUCAGGAUACUUGCGGCAUGAUUCUGCAAUUUUUAGGGGCACACUAUGCUCUGUCUAAUGCCUUUUUGUUUUUUAAAACAAACGAUCACAUCAUCCUAAGAGUGAAAAGGCAAUUGGUGAAUUAAUGACUAUAGUUGUCAUGAAAUAUUGCCUAUGUGUAGUUCAGUAUAAGAAAUGAAAUACACGCAAUGAAAUUAGGGGGUCUCAAUGUGGUUAACCGUCAGCUGACAAAAAGGUAAUUUUUUUACCGUCAUCCGUCAAAAAUACAGAUUAAUAUUAACCGUCAAGAAGCUUCCAGGUAUUUCAAAUCUCACCUUUUCAGCUGAUCUUCACGGAAUUUUGGCUUCUGAAGAAUCUUUUAACUGGAAAAACCAGUUUCCAUGUUCUCAAAACACUCUCUCUACGUGCUUUAGACAUUACAAGACGUUACAACUUGCUUAUAUCUGAAAAUAUUUCAAAAUUUCAUAAGUGAAAGGCUAAGACAAACUCAAAAAACGUAAUACAGAAAUUCAUAUUUUCUUAAACUCUUGGACUAAAUUUCCUCUAAAUAACCCUACGCGUCAACCGUCAAAAGUUCUAAAAUUUAACCGUCAACCGUCAAAGCUACCAUACUACUCUUGUCCGUAGAUUGCGUCGAUAAAAGGAGGAGGUGUCAAAUGUUUGCUGCUAAAAGGAACUACUGUACUUAUCAAAGACGGUUUAUGAAUCGCAACUGUCCAAAAGCAUGCCAGUUCUGUGAAAAGGUAAGGCGACUCUGUAGUUUACAUCCAGAAAACAGUUCACCCUUCUUUCAUCUGCCAUUUUUUACGUCGUCCUCGGUAGGAGAACCUUUGAGUAUAUUUGCCAUAUGACUAGUCAACGUUUGCCGUUGUCCACUUUGCUAUUGAUUAUAACUUCAUUUUUCUUAUUAAUCAGAAAUUUGGAAACGCCACACAAUGUAAAUUAUUAAUUCCUAUAAUACAUCUGAUGCACUAGAUAAAAAGAGAGGAAUUAGAGAACGGUUUCUAUUAACAAUUUCAGUUUGCGGUGGUGUGGAAAAACAGUACAGUAAGAUAAGCUUGAAAACGCAAUAAAAGCUUUAUUUGCGUAAGACGCAACCCUAGAGGAUAAGGUUGAGGAGUGGUCUACGCAGAAUAGUAUCAAACUCAAUAGCGACAAGUGUAAGGGGCUCAGGAUAUUUUUUGUAAAGGAUGAGCCCCUGUUUGCGACUAUUGUAGUAGAUGGUAAUGAGCUAAAGAAGGUGACUAGUGCUAAACUUCUACGUCUGACCAACAAAGCGUCGAAGCGUCUGUAUUUUUUUGGUGCAGCUAAAGAGAUCGAGAGUUCCUUGGCAGGAUAUGUCCACUUUUCAAUCUGCUUGUACACGCUCUGUUCUUACGUACGUUACACCCGCCUUUUUUAUGCCCUGCCAAAGUACCUAAAAGAAGACUUGGUGCGAGUUUAAAAGCGGGUAAUGUCUAUAAUAUGCCCAGGAUGGCCCCACCAGGAGGCUAUCCAACUGGUGAACAUUGUUCCUACAGUAGAUUUCAUCACAGGGCUAUGUAGUAAUACUUUCGACACCAUUGUAAAGGACCCUGAACACCCUCUGAACAGUUAAAUACCAUUUAGUGGACCGCCACGUUAUGCUCUAAGGUGCAACAGAUGCUUCAUUGUACCUAAAUGCCAGACAGAUCGUUUUAGGAAAAGUUGUAUUAUUAGAUCUUGUUUUAAUAAUAUAUAAUAUAUACGAAGAUUUUUAGACUUUGUAUCAUCUUUUUCACACUUUCAUAGUUACUGUACCUAGUUUUAUAUACCAUUUUAUCGACUGCAUCACUGGUAAAUGCGAAAUUCAGCCUUUGGGCUGCAAAGCAUUGGUAAUUAAACUAUCUAUCUAUCCUUCCAAAAAGCUUGCCUACACCUGUUUAUCUAUUUAAAGAAACCAGACUUCCCAGCAGAUGUUCAGCAGCUACUUGUCAUACGAUAGUGUCUGUCCAAACAUGAUGUCAUGGUCUUUUUACUGUGUACACAGUUGUGAAACCAAAAGGAUAACAUUUGACAUUGUAGAUCGAAAGUGGCAUCUCAAAGUGUGCUACAGCAUAUCUAAUUCAUCCAUAAAAUACGUCGGGGUGAUACCCAAGCAUUUCAUAGUGAUACUUAGAGUCGAAGAAGACGUGUUUUGGGACAAACACUACCAGUUCUUUACAGACGUUUAAGUAAUGUUCUGGCGGAUUUCCGUUGCAUUUGCCCUUUCUGUUCUAGCUGUCUCCACCGUUCAGUCUUGUCCGAAGGUAUGCUUUUAGGAUAGUCUGGGUUUCGAUUCUCUUAGAGCUAAAUCAAAACCUAGUGUUCUUUUCAGCUACUGGUACUCGUGAAGAAACAGGUACCUGUUGAUCGCUUCUGCUCUUCAUCAUUUUAUUGUCGGUUUUGCCUCCCGAACCCGAAUCAAGAAUUUUAAUUCUAAAAGGAUUUCAGGCGAUUCUCAACUGCGUUUAGGUAAAAAUCAGGAAGAGACAAUAGUUACUCAUGGCUAUUAACAACGUUAGAAUUGAAAAUCUUAAUAAAGAGGAUCAGAUGAAGAUAUGAGGAAACUUCCUCUGGGUUUUCAUAAACGCAGCUCACUCAUAUACCGUGGACAAUAUGGAUUAAAGAUGUAUUGUAUUGUAUUUUCCCAGGAGUACAAUUUUUCGAUCAACACUGAAUGGAAUGGUGCCCCAAUCAAUCACGCGCCAAUCGUCUUCCAAAUUAGUGCCCAGGACUCUCGUAAUGUACUUGUAUCUGUCAGUGGACCUUUCUUCAAUGACCCAGGGCCACCACCAUGCGCGGCCGGAAGCGCUUGUGACGGAUUGUGGAACUACGAAGGUAAAAUCCUCACUGUUCUAAGGCAAAGUUACAGUGUCAGUUCUUCGAGCAGCUUCAAAAAGGUCUGGUUUACAAUAGUGUUUUGGAAAUAUUAAUUGAAGGGCAACACUUUUUGCUAGGUUAUUUUAAACUGGACGCAAUUUUCUUGAAACCGCCAUUUGCAAUUUUCAAGAAAAAGAUAAACGUGGUCAACUUCCAAAGCAUCGUUGGUAGCUAAAGCCAAAGAAAUCAUUGAGGCUUUUUUGAUUAGGGUUCUCAGAAAUGGGACGAACUAAACACGUUAACGAGCUUACAUUAAUGUCAUUUCGAUAUCAUCUAACCUGUCAUUUUAGAAUUUUCAAACAUAUGCUAUACUUUUGACUAUUUUAGUUGCCGAGGUGUUUUUUCUUGGGAAAAACGAGAAAUACUUGGAAGUCGAGUUGAGCCCGUAAGUCUCUUAUCAGAUUGUCUUAUCUCCGUUGGUUUGCAUGCUAAUAAUUAUAUUGUAUCCUGUUUAUAUUCGAUCGUUCUGGGAUAAUACUAAUUUAUAUAUAGAAUGCGCUAUAUCAGGUUAGGUUUACACCAUAGUUGGGAAUGACUGUUUUACAUUCCGCCCAUAGCCAGAGCGAUACUACGUGUAGAUAUUAAAAUGGCGGUUAUCAUAGUGUUAAUUAACUCCCACGAGGACAUUUUUGCGAAUAUAAGCGGCCACGUGCUAUUAGACACUAUCAAGAUUGAUUUGGAUAUGUGUCGAAUCCACUUGGAAGAGAAUCACGUACCAGUUUUUUGCACUUACAACAGGUUUAUUCUGUAUACUGUAAUUUUCUGAUUACAAAAUUGAAACGCUGAAGACUCCGAGGGAGAGAGUCAAAAAAACCCGGUACAUUUCUGCUCUAUGACGAAUGUCACUUGUUAAACCGGGCUGUCGCUUAGUAUCAUGUGGGAGUCCCUGUAUAUACUGAGGCUUCACUGUUUAACAAACUUCAGAUUUAUGACUUUUGUCCUUUUUAGGCAUGGACAACAUUUGCUUCUUUUACUGAAUGGAGUAAGGAAGCCAUUUUUGGUAAGAACACAUGUGAAUUGAGCUUACAAAUUGCUGAAAACGUGUUUAAAAAAACGAUGUUGCGCGUUUUACCACCCACGAAAAUAAAUCAGGUUGUUUGAACGCGGGAAAACAAUUCACGAAGAAAAAAAAACGAGGGGAGACUAGAGGGGGAAACUCGCUCCCUACUUACCGCCGCGCUCUACUAUCUAAACGUCGGGAACAAGCUAGGUUGCUGCAGGUUGCGAAAAGUUGUUGCAGAAAGUAGAGAGUAGUUAUACUUUUUGCAACAAAUUUCCGCGACCUGCAACAACCUGAUUUAUUGCAAAACAAGUGAUUCGGGAUGGUAAAACGGACAACACCGCUUUUCAAUUCAUUUUCCAGCAAUGUUACAAAACAAGUUGCUCAUUUUUGUUACCUGUUGUAACGUAGCUUUAAAGCACAGACUGAACAGGGUAAUCCGACACAAAGAGCAAGUCAAAAAGUCUGGAAAAAUCAAAUGGCAAAAAGACUCCGAAUAUCAAUUAAGUUGGCUGUUUGUUUUAAAUACUAACCAGUAUUGAAUUAAAUGUUUGUUGCUUUUUAAAUUCAAUGCAUGGCGUGCCGUGACUGACGCCUUUUUGGGCUUUGAUACGCAAGCUCUUCUGAAUGUACUUUCAAUAUUGUGUUUAACUUAUUUUCUAAUUGUUUCAUAUUUUCAAAUUGGUUUGUAUCUCACUGUCUGAAAGAAAAAAAAUCUUUUUCUUAUUCAGUCUCAGGAUAAGAUGCCUAUAGAGUACACAGCAAAAAUAGACCGCACAAAGAACACAUGGAAUGGUACUGCAAUAAUUCCGAUCGACUACCUCCCACCACACGUGGGGAGAAUCAAUGCAUAUGCCAUUCACGGGUCUGGGGUCAAUCGGCGAUACGAGUCAUUAUAUCCUGCAUCGGCUGAUGUCAGCGAUCCUGAUUUGUGAGUGAAAUGAUCGCAUUGUAUCGUAAAUUAUACGAUUAUGCAUUGACUAGUCAAAAGCUCACUGUUUAUCUUUUCCACACAGAAAAAAACGUUUUCACUUAUCGAUGAGGAUUUAACACUUGCCUAAGAAAGUUAGGGUGUUGAGUUUGGAAACAUUUCGAAGGUUACGAAAAAAUGGAUAGCCAUCGUACGAUGAAAGCUGUUCGUAAAUACUAAAUAAUAAUCAUACUGUCUUAAAAACGAGCACUCGACACAUAGUAAGUUUUGAACUGCCUGUCAUCUAGUAGUCCGCGUGAAAAAAAAAGUGCAAGUCUUCCCCUAUUUUUAAUUGUCCGGCGAAUUUCAAACAAACAUCUCGAGUUCGAGUAUCCUCUUCGUCGAAAUACUGAGGCUUUCAUUUGUCUUACGGGAAAUUUUAAAAACACUGAUUAUUGGAUGAGGUUUUUGUGAUAUCCGCAAUAAUCAAGGUCGAGGUAAGUGUUAUCAGCGGAGCCUUCGCUGAUAACACUUACCGAGACCUUGAUUAUUUAGGAUAUCACAAAAACCGAAUCUAAAAAUUGUUUUAUUAUACGUAGUUUUGAAGAAAAUAACGACAAACACACCGUCGCAAGUAACUUAAAUUCAUAUUGGUACUGGAAAUCAUGAAUUGCGCGCGACCCCUACAGAUUAGGGUAGGUUGCUCUGAUUUUCAAAACCAGUUGUAGCCAAUGAAAAGACAGAUAGUGAGUACAAUGUUUGAUAAAAAAGGUUAUUAAGUAAUGGUCCAGAUAAGAAGGAAAGGACCAAAACGCAGUGAACACGUCGGAAUGCAAAAAGGUGCUAACUUUACUAUUGUCUCUAUUAAGGUUCUGAUUGGUUUAAACAUCAAAUUUUACGAAAUCUUCGCAAAACAGCAUGUAUAUUAAUCCCUUUUUUUUCUAUCCCACUUCCUUAUAACAAAUUCUCGUCUGAGUCUAAGUAACACAGAAAUCGUAUGUGCGGAUCAUGUAAAAUUGUGAACAUUUCUUGGCCAUUGUUUGCAAGUCUUGUGAUUGGUCGAAAUGUUUUAACACAAAAAUACACCCUUUAAAAGUGGAGUUUAAAUACAUUUUCUUUCUUAAACUGCCUUUUUGUAGGUUUAUGCAUUCUCUGCGUAAAAAUGAAAACAUUUCUAUUUGAGGAAAGCGUAUUGCGCCACAACAAAAGAAAUUGCUUCCCUUCUUACCUGGAUCAUUACUUAACUAAAACAUCUGACAACAUCACUUGGUAACCCUUCCUCGUGACAUGCUCUGGCCAAUGACAGUUUGAUUUCACUGGGCGCGUGGUUGAUAAAUAACUAAAAUUGAAUGCUUGGCAAAAUAUUCAUCAACUAACUCCUCUGUUAUUUCUUUUUAGCCAUCGCCUGGAAUUUUUCAAGCCAUUUGACUUUAAAGCCAUGUUUUCUUUAUCGUGGGAGAAACCAAAGUCGCCUUUCUGGAAGAACAGUAUUCGAAGAAUGAUGCGAUCAAGAGCAAGAAUUUAAUUCUUAGUUUGCAAGCACGUGACAAGGCGGCCAUGUUGUUGGUCAAUACAAUAAUUUAUUUUCGAUAAAUUUACACGAAAAUGGAGUUAGUUCCUAUUGGAGAGAAAUGC